GUUAAUGAAUCCUGCAACCAAAGGCUAGUUCUCCAGAGUGCCUCAAUCAUGUAGCGGUCGAGUAUUCGCAAUGGAACCCCGGUUCCUUACACUAUGCCACGUAAGAUUUGAGAUGCCUCAGCAACAAAAUAUGCACUACAGGUGUAUUCGCAUCUUCAUCUCACGUCACAAAGCAACCAAUGGAGUCAUCAAAUGUUUCGUAACUUGGCAAGCCAUCAAUUGGUGCAACAGCCUACAAGUUGCUUGGAAUAAUACAAUAAAUCCUCCGCACCGCCAUUUUUCCUUCGUCUUUUUUCAUCAAAAAAGAGAUCAAAAAAAGUAUUCAACAACAUUCCCCCUCCUCCCAUUGCUCCUUUUCUUUCUCCUCCUUCCCAUUUCCAUUCAUCAGCCAUCAAUCCCCACUGUAGGGAGAACAUGUAAAUGGCGGACAGCUGGAGAAAACAACAGGGGAAGAAAAAACAACCACCGCCAAAAAUUCACCAAGUUUGGCAACCCAUCAACAUCCUGGAAAUGCCUCCCCUAACCCCCUUUGGAUAUGAUAAACAAAAAUUCGGUAAUUACAUAUUCAACCCAGACAGCGUGGCAUGCGCGUUGUGUUGUUGGUGUUUUGAGUUCUCUGCGAUAUUGGUAUCACGGAAAUGACUGACUGCGAAGGGAACGACCUGUCCCGGGUCUCGCUCUAAUAAAAAAAAAAAAAAAAAAGAGGCAUGUACAGAAGAGAUGAUG